AUGCCCAACACCUGCUGCGUGCCGGGCUGUCAUUCUGGAUACAAGGGCACCGUCGAAAAAGUUUCCCUGUUCUGUUUACCAGCCAACGCAGAACAACGCACAUCGUUUCGCUGCCCCGAGAACGACCGAGACUGGUGGAAGACGCCCGUACCAAGGAUUUUUGAAGGUUUGCCUUCCUACCUCUCGAAACCAAAGCAGCGUUCGCGUGCAACGAAGGGCCCACCUCUAAAAAGGCCGCGAGAGCUUUCUCCGGAUUGUGAUGCGACAGUCGCGAAUGCAGACGUCUCCAGUGCAGCCGACAAAGAAAUCGAAGAUGUUGUGAGAACUGAGAAUCGCAAUGGCUACGCUGAUGCAGAGUGUCAAACAGAGGUCACCGUUUGUUCAGCGUCGGAGCUACAGAGAGUGAAGGCCCAACUUCGCAGCGUGAAGCAACAGCUUCAGUCAUGUCAGCGGAAACUCACAAAAGCGGAGGCGCACGCGAAUAGAAAGAAUGGAGUGUAUGCAGAUAUUCACAAGCUUUCAGACCGCGAGAAGCUCAUUAUAGACCAGUGCAUCAUGAAAGCAAAUAUGAAGUCUGCGAAAGCAGCACGGUGUCCUCAUGUUUGAUGAGAUGAGCGUGAGAAAGAGCCUUCACGUCAGGGAAUCGGAUAUGGCACUGCUUGGAAAGGUGGACUUAGCAGAGCACACGAAGCCGACU